AGUAAUCUGACAAGCGCAGCGACACUCCUGGUACGGUUAUCCUUUUCUGCUAUUAAUUCUGCCUUUCUUUGUUUAAACACAAUUUCUCGAAGUGACAUGCACACCCAACUAACAUCUUAAAUCGAUGAAGAUAAUUCAUUUAGCAAACUCCUAGAUCAGUCUGUUUUAGGAAGUAUUACCUUUGACCUCACUGAGAACGCGUCACUUCACAAUAUCAAUGCGCUGUUUCAUAAAUUACUUAGCUGGGAAGAGCAAAUACAGCAAUUUCCAGAAAGAAACUUCGCGUAAUAUGUUAAAUAUAAAGAAAUAUGUCUGUGUAAAUCCUCAAGCCACUUUUCACAAAGUUUUUUUAGUAUCAACCAGGUGUGUACUCACUACGGAAGAGAAAUAGCUAAGUGCAUUGUUAUUUCAAUGGCUGUGAUUCGGUCACAACCAUAGAGAUGGGAAGUACUUGUGACUAGCAUGUUUAUUUAUCCGCGGUUCAACUAGUUCAUUGUACUGAUGCAUCAACGUUUUUGGAUUAUCGGGUGCAUGAGGUAUCUCAACUGGAUAGACCGAGCUAGUCACCUUCAAUCAGCUGGAUAUCGUUUGUCAUCAAACGCUAGCCAGCUAUCUUCAGCUAUAGCUACUGGACUGUCUUCGAAGUGAGCACAGGCAGUUAGCCAGAUUUGGCUAACGUUAAUCGAAGGACACGAAGCGGAUGUUAAGGACGAAGCAGAUCGCUUAAGAAACGCGAUAGCUUGUCUUGGACUCAUUUGUUACUUGACUUUGUACUUACAUAUUUACAUCGACGUGUCGAGUUUUUGCACUGGAAAAUGUUUUGGCUGCAAGGCAGCUAACAUCGGCUAGCAAACGUAAACACUUGUUAGCGUUGCAUAGCUAGCCUACCUACGAACUUUUCAAUGAAUGGACAGUCUGGAUGCUUGGCCAAGGCAGCAUAAUGUUCUUGGUCCCAAGCUAAAUGUCGGAAGAUGAUGUUCAUAAGCAGACACCACUGACUAGGCAUCAGCGAGAGCGAAUCAUUUCAUGCGAUUUUUUUUACCAGGCCAUGAACAGAAAUAGUUGAAUAACGUUGAGGAACAUACAUCGCAAGCUAACUUGCAUUCUGGGGCCAAUAACAGCAACGCAAUGUUAGCCGACUGGGUUGCUAGCUAGCUGACAACAGCUAACCUGGCAUCGAAGAACGGCUGGAUCUAAUGGAAAGUCCGUCAACAACAACUUGAGAGCGGUUUCAUCCUAAACACCCAAUGGCGUUAACAGUAUUUUCCAGGCAUUGUACAUGACAUGCUUCGCAAUUUUAAUGCACCUAAAGGACAUGAUGACAGUCUUAGUCUUGCCCUGUGCCUCAGGUAACGUUAGCGAACUCAGCUCAACCUAGUGCGCAGGGGAGUGGUUGUGUGGACUGUUCGGCCCGCAGUUUCCUUGUGAUGGAAAAGGGCCCUAAAAAUUACUUUUAAAGAACGUUUUUUGUUAUUGGUCAUCAGUUUCGGGCAAAUGUCAGACUUGCAAACCAUAUAUAAUAUUAAUGUAGGUUUCACAAACAUGGCGAGAACUGCAGUGGUUUCUCGCCAUAUUACUGUUGGACUGAAGACCUAAUCAUGGAAUUCUGCGGAAAUAAAACAGUUCUUAAAGUUCAUUUUUAAAACUAAUCAUGAGCAAAGACGUGGAAUUGUUAUAUUAGGUUUAGCCAGAGACUAGUGCAACAGCAGUGACUUUUAUUGUAGUUAAUGUUAAAUUGUCCAGAUCCCAUCAACCUUCUACAUCAUGUCCAUGUACGCCGAAUUUGUACCUCCACCGGAAUGCCCAGUUUUUGAGCCGAGUUGGGAAGAUUUUUCAGAUCCUUUAGGAUUCAUUAAUAAGAUUCGCCCCAUCGCUGAGAAGACUGGGAUUUGCAAAAUUCGACCUCCAGUGGAUUGGCAGCCUCCUUUUGCCUGCGAUGUGAGAAAUUUCCGCUUUACGCCUCGUGUCCAGAGGCUAAAUGAACUUGAGGCACUCACCAGGGUCAAACUGAAUUUCUUGGAUCAAAUUGCAAAGUUUUGGGAGCUACAGGGUUGCAGGCUGCGGUUCCCUCAUGUGGAGAAGAAGAUCCUGGACUUGUACUUGCUUAGCAAGAUAGUCUCAGCAGAAGGUGGUUUUGACACGGUGUGUAAGGAGAAGCGUUGGUCUAAGGUGGCCAGUCGAAUGGGGUUUCCCUCAGGGAAGGGCACGGGCUCCCUGCUCCGCUCCCACUUUGAGAAGAUCCUCUAUCCCUAUGAGCUCUUCCAGUCUGGAGCCUCACUCACUGGUAUUCAGAGACUGUAUGAGGAGGGAGAGGAUACGGAGGACCAGGAUGAAGGCAUCGAGGGUGGAGUGGAUGAGGAGGAUGAAGAGGAGGAGGAACAGGAGAAGGAGUGUAGGGAUCGAGACGGCCUGUGUGACCGGACACAGAACAAGGACCAGCCUGCGUCAGAGAGACGCUCCCGGCGGCUCAAAUCAGAGCGAGAAAACAAGGAGCCCAAAAGCCUGCAGAUCUUUGGCACCAGUCCCAAGAUGGGGGGGUUAGAGAUUGUUUUGGCUGAUGACGCUUUCCUCAAGAAGCAGCGGCAUCUCAAGGCCCAGGCCUUUGCCAUUAAAAUGCGUCCACGCAAGGAAACGCUGGAGGUGAACUUUAUUGAUCUGUACUUGUGUCUGGUGUGUGGGCGUGGUGAUGAGGAGGACCGCCUGCUCCUGUGUGAUGGCUGUGACGACAGCUACCACACCUUUUGUCUGAUCCCGCCCCUGCAGGACGUGCCAAAGGGAGACUGGCGCUGCCCAAAGUGUGUGGCAGAGGAAUGCAGCAAACCAAGGGAGGCCUUUGGCUUUGAGCAGGCCGUACGGGGGUACACCUUGCAGAGCUUUGGAGAAAUGGCAGACCACUUCAAGUCCGACUACUUCAAUAUGCCUGUGCAUAUGGUUCCUACAGAGCUGGUGGAGAAGGAGUUCUGGAGGCUUGUGAGCAGCAUAGAGGAAGAUGUCAUUGUGGAGUACGGAGCUGAUAUUAGCUCCAAGGAUGUGGGCAGUGGAUUCCCUGUCAGGGAUGGAAAGAGGAGACUGCUAGGAGAUGAGGAGGAGUAUGCCAACUCGGGCUGGAACCUUAACAACAUGCCAGUGUUGGAGCAGUCUGUUCUCACGCACAUUAACGUGGACAUCUCUGGUAUGAAGGUGCCCUGGCUGUAUGUGGGCAUGUGUUUCUCCUCUUUCUGUUGGCACAUAGAGGACCACUGGAGCUACUCCAUCAACUUUCUGCACUGGGGUGAACCCAAGACGUGGUACGGUGUUCCCGCUCAUGCGGCCGAGCAGCUUGAAGCAGUGAUGAAGAAGUUGGCCCCAGAGCUGUUCGACUCCCAGCCGGACCUGCUGCACCAGCUCGUCACCAUCAUGAACCCCAACAUUCUCAUGGAACACGGUGUUCCUGUGUACCGGACGAAUCAGUGUGCCGGGGAAUUUGUGGUGACGUUCCCAAGGGCGUAUCAUAGCGGCUUCAAUCAGGGCUACAACUUUGCUGAGGCCGUCAACUUCUGCACAGCAGACUGGUUGCCUAUGGGACGUCAGUGUGUGGCCCACUACCGCCGCCUUCACCGGUACUGCGUCUUCUCUCACGAGGAGCUCCUCUGCAAGAUGGCUGCUGACCCGGACAGUCUGGAUGUGGAGCUGGCAGCGGCCGUGGUGAAGGAGCUGGGGGAGGUGAUGGAGGAGGAGACCAGGCUCAGACAGGCUGUGAGGGACAUGGGGGUGCUGUCCUCUGAGCAGGAGGUGUUUGAGUUGGUCCCAGACGAUGAGAGGCAGUGCCAUCAGUGCAAGACCACCUGCUUCCUGUCUGCGCUGACGUGCUCCUGCAGCCCCGAGCGGCUGGUCUGCCUCCACCACACCGCUAACCUCUGUGAUUGUCCACUUGGCAAUAAAUGUCUCCGAUACAGGUAUGAUCUGGAGGAGUUCCCCUCCAUGCUGUACGGGGUGAAGUCUAGGGCGCAGUCCUAUGACACGUGGGCUAAGAGGGUAUCGGAGGCGCUGGCUGCAGAUCACAAGAGUAAGAAAGACCUGAUUGAGCUGAAGGUGAUGCUGGAGGAUGCAGAGGACAGGAAGUACCCUGAGAAUAACCUCUUCCGCCAACUGCGCGAGCUGGUGAAGGAGGCCGAGACGUGCUCCUCAGUGGCACAACUACUCCUCAGCCACAAGCAGAAGCUCAGGCAGCGCCCGGAGGUGAGUCGCGCGCGCAGCAAGCUGACGGUGGAGGAGCUGAAGGCGUUUGUGGAGCAGCUGUUCCGCCUGCCCUGCGUGAUCAGUCAAGCUCGCCAGGUCCAGGAACUAUUGGAGAACGUGGAGGAGUUCCAUGAGCGGGCUCAGGAGGCGCUGGCAGACGAGACUCCAGACUCCUCUAAGCUGCAGGCGCUGCUGGACCUGGGCGCGGGCCUGGACGUGGAGUUGCCGGAGCUUCCGCGGCUCAAGCAGGAGCUGCAGCAGGCGCGCUGGCUGGACGAGGUGCGCCUCACCCUGGCCGAACCGCAGCGCGUCACCCUGGAGCUCAUGAAGAGGCUGAUCGACUCGGGAGUGGGGCUGGCGCCACACCACGCCGUGGAGAAGGCCAUGGCCGAGCUGCAGGAGAUCCUCACGGUGUCGGAGCGAUGGGAGGACAAAGCCCGCGCCUGCCUACAGGCCAGACCCCGCCACAGCAUGACCACCCUGGACAGCAUUGUCAUCGAGGCCAAGAACAUUCCUGCAUACCUUCCCAAUGUGUUGGCACUGAGGGAUGCUCUACAGAAAGCCAAAGAGUGGACUUGCAAAGUCGAAGCCAUACAGAAUGGCAGUAACUACGCUUACCUGGAGCAGCUGGAGAGCCUGCUGGGGAGGGGCCGCUCCAUCCCUGUGCGCCUGGAUCCCCUGCCCCAGGUGGAGUCUCAGGUGGGGUCGGCCAGAGGGUGGAGGGAGAGGACAGGCCGCACCUUCCUCAAGAAGAACUCCACCUACACCUUACUGCAGGUCCUCAGCCCUCGUGUGGACAUAGGUGUUUACGGGAACAGCAAGAGUAAGCGCAAGAGGGCGAAGGAGCUCCUGGAGAAGGAGCGGGGCCUGGAGCUGGAGGGCCUGAGUGACCUGGACGAGAGUCUGGAGGAGAUCAGAGACCCUGCUACCGUGGUGGCGGCGUUCAAGGCCAAAGAGCAGAAGGAGGUGGAGUCCAUGCACUCGCUCCGUGCCGCCAACCUGGCCAAGAUGGCCAUGGCCGACCGCAUCGAGGAGGUGAAGUUCUGCCUGUGCCGCCGGACGGCCAGCGGCUUCAUGCUGCAGUGCGAGCUGUGCAAGGACUGGUUCCACGGGGCCUGCGUGCCUCUGCCCAAGACCACCACGCAGAAGAAGAUGGGCACGGGCUGGCAGAGCAGCAGCAAGGAGUCCAAGUUCCUGUGCCCGCUGUGCCAGCGCUCGCGCCGCCCGCGCCUGGAGACCAUCCUCUCGCUGCUGGUGUCGCUACAGAAGCUGCCAGUGCGGCUCCCGGAGGGCGAGGCCCUGCAGUGCCUGACGGAGAGGGCCAUGAGCUGGCAGGACCGGGCGCGGCAGGCGCUGGCCACCGAUGAGCUCUCGUCUGCUCUGGCCAAGCUCUCCGUCCUCAGCCAGCGCAUGGUGGAGCAGGCGGCCCGGGAGAAGACGGAGAAGAUCAUCAAUGCUGAGCUCCAGAAGGCCGCAGCCAACCCUGACCUGCAGGUGAGGCACUACAGGGUGGGCCUUUUUGAGGGUCACAUCCAAACAUUCCAGCAGGCAGGCUUCAGCAGGGCCACCUCACCUAGACCGUCUUUGGACUAUGAUGACGAGGAGACGGAUUCAGAUGAAGAUAUCCGGGAAACGUAUGGCUACGACAUCAAGGACCCGGGGGAGGUGAAGCCCUACCUCUUCUGUGAUGAGGAGAUCCCUGUGAAGUCUGAAGAGGUGGUCAGUCACAUGUGGCCGGCCACGCCCUCCUUCUGUGCUGAGCAUGCCUACUCCUCAGCCUCCAAGUCAUGUGCCCAGAGUCAAGCCGCCCCUCGCAAGCAGCCCAGGAAGACCCCGCUGGUGCCACGCAGCCUGGAGCCCCCGGUGCUGGAGCUGUCCCCCGCAGCCAAGGCCCAGCUGGAGGAGCUGAUGAUGGUGGGGGAUCUGCUGGAGGUGUCCCUGGACGAGACCCAGCACAUCUGGCGCAUCCUGCAGGCCACGCACCCACCCUCGGAGGAGCGCUUCCUGCAGGUCAUGGAGCCAGAAGACGGCAUGAUGGACAAACCAGUGAAGCUGAAGGUGAAGGUCUCGGAGAAGAAGCGCAAGAGGAAGCUCGAGCGGGCUGAGCAACACCUCCUCUUGUCUGCAGGGGGAGGCGAGGGGGGCCGAGCCAAGGCCAAGGAGCUCAAGAGAAGCGUCGAUGGCCUGGGCAAGCCCAAGAAGAAGAAGCUCAAGCUCAACGUGGACAAAGCCCGUGAGCUCAAGAUGCUGGCUAAGCGCCUGGCCAAAGAGGAGAAGGAGAGGAAGAGGAAGGAGAAGGCUGUUGCCAAGGCCGAAGCUGUCAAGGAAGGUCUGGAGAAGAAGAGAGAGAAGAAGAUCCUGGACAUCCCCUCGAAAUAUGAUUGGUCAGGAGCAGAGGACUCUAAUGAUGAGAACGCCGUGUGUGCGGCCAAGAACUGCAUACGGCCCUGUAAAGAUAAGGUGAAGGUGGACUGGGUGCAGUGUGAUGGCGGCUGUGACGAGUGGUUCCACCAGGUGUGUGUGGGCGUGACCUGUGAGAUGGCGGAGAACGAGGACUACAUCUGCUGUCUGUGCCAGCGGAAAGCCGCCGGCCCGAGCGGAGCCGGAGCGGUGAUGAAGGUCGCCAUGGAGACCGUGGUGAUCUCGACGCCCCUCUGCGUCGUCUCGAGCCCGGCCUUGUCCCAGCCCGACCCCGAGGAGAGCAGCUAGUGCGAAAGCCCACCCAGAAUGAGGAGGACUCGCGCGCAAGCCCUGCACUCCCUCCCAGCACAGAGCACCACGCCAGGCCAGACUGUCAGCCUGGGGGAGCGGGCCGAUGCGGCUCCCUCUCAGGCUCCCCCCCCCCCCAGAGGGUGGCCGGCGCUGACGAUGGGUGAAGACAUGCUGCACAGAGGAGAGACCCAAGGGCAGGUGGGACCAGGCCAAGGAAAGAGUCGGGUCGCCAACCCUCGGAUCAGAUGUCUGAAUUAACACUUGAAGAUGGAUGGCUGUCAGAUGCCAAAGGAAGGUCGGCCGGACAGAUUGCAGGCCAAACAGUGGGGUGUCCAUUUUUCUCUCUUCAACUAACUCUUGUGAACUGUUCAGUGGUCCCUCAUGUCCUGUUUUGGGGUGGUGUUGUAAAUAUUGGCCCGUCCAUUCCGACUUAAAGGCCCUCUCCAUAUGUUUGCCUGAGCAUCCUACAAUAAAUAUCAGAAUGGAGACGGAACAUUUCAAAGUUUGUAUGAGUCCUGUGAAUGGUCCUCUCUGUAAUCUACUAUGCAUCCUCAGACACAGUCCCCCGCCUACCAUGCAACCAUGCAAAGGAAGCAGUACCCUUAGCCCUCCUCGUCUGCUUCAGCCCAGUCAUCAUGGACUCGACUGCACAACUGCCACUCAACACUUCCACCUGUGAGCUCAGCCCCGACCAAGUGUGUAGGACUAGGAAAACAAUGGUUGUAUGUAGUGAAGGUAUUUAUAAUGUAAAUAGGUUUUAAGGAUUUAAUGAUUGGAUGUGGCUUUUUUCUCACCUUUAUUAAAAUAUUCUUAGUCAGAUGAAAUAUUUUGUCAGACGAGUGUUUCAUAUUUCAAAGAAAAUCUUGUUUGUGUCUAUAGGGAGGUAAAAAAGGUCAAAGUGUCAGGAGUGCACGAGUGUAUGUAUGUAUGUAUGUAUGUAUGUAUGUUCACGUCUAAUAGAUAACUCUGGCUACUCAUUUCAGUUUCUACUACACUGCUGACUAAAAACACUAUGUCCUGCAACGUGAAACAUCUUAUGCUGUGAGAGAGAGGAGUCGCUCAAAGUUGUCUAUUGUCACACAAUGAGGUACACUAGUAGUCAAACAUUUAGACCAGAUUAGAGCAAGUGAUUUAGUGCACAGAAUAUUGUUGAAAUCGAUACGGACAUCCAAAAGAAUUUCAAGUUUGAAAUUUGACCAAAUGCAAAUGAAGAUGUUUCAGCAGGGUCAACUCAAGAGUGGAGAUGAACUAGUUUAAACCGACUCGAGCUGCCUUCCCCUCUCGUCGAAACAGACAAGCAGAGGAAAAAAACCUGACGAGUGAAUCAGGAAUGCCACGCAUGAGAUACCAGAGAACAAUUUAGUAGUUAACCUAAAAAGCUGAUGACGUGUGAUUUGCAUAUGACAUUACAACGUGUUCUGGUAAAAGAUCCAACCUUGUACUUGUAGAACCUAUAAUGUCAUUAUUAACAAUGUCAUAGACUUAGUAGGUUUUUGUUGGGAAUUCUUUUGUGCACAUUUAUAGCUUAAGUGUGUCGGCCAUUCCACAUCAAAGAUAUAAGUCAAAUGGAAGUGAAAAGAUCCAGAUGCUUGAACACCUUGCCACUAAACCGGUAUUGAAAAUGGAUAU